UUCCCGGAGGUAGCCGGGCAGUGUUUACCGAGCGGCUGCGGACCCGGGAGUCGGGGACAUGGAUAAACUGAAGAAAGUGCUGAACGGGAACGACUCGGCGGAGGACGGAGGUGCCCUGAGUGAGGUAAUUGAGGGAACCACCUUAGGAUGGGGAACCAGAGUGAAAGGCUUUCUUGCCUGCUUCGUAGCAGGGAUUAUUUGCUCCAUAUUGGGUGUCUGUUUUCUCUGGAUUCCAAAAAGAGGCUUAAUACUUUUCGCUGUCUUUUAUAGCAUUGGAAACAUAGCAUCCAUUGGUAGUACGUUAUUUCUGAUGGGACCUGUGAAACAAAUCAAAAAAAUGUUUGAGCCUACUCGUCUGGCUGCUACCAUUGUGAUGCUUCUUUGCCUCGUGUGUACACUAUGCUCUGCUUUUUGGUGGAAGAAGGCAGCACUUGCUUUAAUAUUUUGUGUCUUGCAGUUCUUUGCUAUGGCCUGGUAUAGUAUAUCAUACAUUCCAUUUGCGAGAGAUGCAGUGAUAAAGUGCUUUACAACAUGUUUGGCAUGAAAACUACUUAUAAUGAAGGAAGAAUACUAUGCUAAGAUUGGGGCAUCUGUUAUGUUUUUUGUGCCUGUUUACACUCAAUCCUCUAAGUGUCUUAAUGUAUGCUGCAGUUAAUUCUCUCUUCUUGCCUGAAGCAUAACUUCUUACCCACAAUUGGAUAGUUUACAAAUUUUGUUACCCUUUUCCUAAUUUUAAUAGGGUGAUUGUUAUCCUGAAAAGCAACAUUCCAUUUUCUAGGUAAAGAUAUGGUCAAUACAAAUUCAUACUUUGAACACUGUGUAACUUUUCAAAAAAUGCUGAGUCAUUUUUAAAAACAAACAAGUAAUUUCUAACAGUCUUUCAGAAAUUGUGCUAUCACUUUUAUUUUCACAAAUUGAUCCAGGAGUAUGAUGAUUUAACAAGUGAAAGCCCAAAUUGAAAACACUGAAAUUUAUUUGGAUAUUGAUAACUGUGCUAAACAUUAGUUCUUAAAUUCUGGUUAAAGAGUGACCUGAUGAUGUAAAUGUAUUGCCUUAACCGUGUGGUUAGUGCUAAUACUUCUACUGUUUGACUUUGUGGUUUUUACUAAAGUGACUAUAAAUCAUCAAAUGGCUUAAGAUGUUACUGUUAAGCCUGUUAACAUUUUCAACAAAAAAAAUCUGAUGAUCAUGACAAAUGAUUUGCAUUCCAAGUUUAAGAUCAAUAAAAGUGCCUUCAUUUUGGGGAAUUCCAAAAAUUAUUUCCAGUCAUCAGCUGCAGUCUGAGUUGAACAGUUUUCAAUAUACAGUACUGAUAUCUAAAAGACCAUGUAAUCUGCUAAACAGGUUUCUUAAUGUAUUUUUAUGCCUUAGAUGUUUGAAGAUGUGCCUUUUGUGUCAAUAUGGUGUGUCUCUAAUAAAUAUAAAGCUGAAGUAAACCUAGUUGUGUACAAGAUUUCUAGAGGCUUAUAGUUUUUGUUGUAUUUUACUACAGGCUGCCUGCAAAUUAUGUUUAAUUGAAAGGGUCAGAGCUUCAUAAAUGUAUAAUUUUUUUGCCAUAAUAUUUAAUACAGAUGUCUUCAACACUAUAUUACUGUUUUACUGAGUAGUCUUAAAUCUUAAUUACUUCUAUAACCUGUAAUUUUGGUAAACUGCAUCUUUGCUUAUUGCAACACCUUCCCACCACCAAGCCUAGAACUCACUGUUUAAAGAAUUAAUGUUUAUAAAAAGCUAUUCCAAUCAAUAAUUUUACGAUCUGUAAUAACAUGGUAUAAAAUACUGCACAGUUUUGACUUGUACUACUCUUUUCUGGUUAUGAAGUUUUGACUUUAUAGACUCUUAUUGAAGAGAAUGUGAAAAGAAAUUCCCAAACAAUUUAACGUAUUUUCUAUUUUGGAUUUUAGUAAAAUGUAAUGGGAUCAGGUUAAUAGAUUAUUCUGAAGAUAACUUAAUUGUAGCUUCCAGUAGUAAUGGAAGUAGAUAAAAAUUGAGGCUGUUUUUGAGAUCAGAGAUGACUACGUAACACUUACAGUUCAUAAACAGUUUGUCACAUAUACAAUUGCUAACACUAUCAUCUUUAACAUAACAAACAUUAUGCCUGCUUAAAGUGGGGUUGUGUAUUUUGUUUUUAUUUCUUUUUGAAUUUGCUUGCUUACUUUCUCCCUCAUUUUUCUGUGAUUUAUUGCAUAUUGAGUAAUGUGAAUAUUAAAAUAGUUACAGUUUUCUAUUACAUUUGUAUGUAAUCAGAGAUUGUCUUGUGUUCUGACUUAGUGUACUUAUUACAAUCUGCUGUGCCUACAUUUGAGCAAUGAGUGCCUUAGAGCACAUGUGUAUUUUGCAAUUAUGAAGUGCUUCUUUGUUUGGCAGCUUUGUUUGCAACCAACUUUGAAUCUUUAUUACAUUGUCUUAAAUACUGGCAAACUAAUUGUCCUGAAGAUAUUUAUUAUUUCUCUCUUUGCCUCUUGAAACUUUACCAGUCUAUUAAACACUUUGAGAGCAUUUGAACACUAAUUACAUUUGUAUUGGACAGUUCAGUCGUAACUUUAAAGAAAUGAAAAUAUAUCUUACAAAUGUAAUCUUCAAGGAAUUUGAAAUCCAUUAUUGUGCACAUUACUGCUGAGCUGAACUCCAGUACAGAUGGAGGGCUAACCAUGGCAAUAACAAAACCAGAGGACUUAAUAUUUGCAGCACUCUGCCUUUUAAUAAAUGGUUCUAAUGGAUGUGGAAAACUGGAAGGGGAAAAAUAUCCACCUUUAUUUUUCUUUUGUCAUCCUCUAUUACUUGGCUAUCCUAUCUUUCCAUUUAGUGACAAUAAACAGUAACUAAAUCUUACAAGUGUAGGUGCAAAAGCCACUGAACAAAAUUAAAAGUUCCUUGUUUAUGAAGCCAUGAGGUCAGCAUGUUCUAGCAUUUGUUAUAAUGUUUUACAUAACUUAGUAUUUGUUUAAUUUGAGUUUUUGGUGAAUUUUCUUUGUCUCGAUCUACAGUUGCCUGUGUGAAUCAUUUUGCUGCAGUUAUUCCAAGUAGUAUUUGUACCGACUAUGAAAGGAAUGCUGUCGUCUUGCACUUUUUUAUAUUUGAAGUCUCCUUUGGUUCAAUUUAUUUUGUAACUUUGAAAAUCUACAUUAAAAUUGUGUAGUUAUAUUUUUAACUGGUGCAGUUUCAAGAAAAAUUACAGAUAAGUGUAUUUGGUUUUUUUUUAAUUUUUGACAAUUCAUAUGACGAGUUAAGAAGGAUACUAUAUACAAAUUUUUUUUAAGCUGUUUCUCCAUUUCCAAUAACAAUGGUAUUUGCAUGUAGAGGCAACUGGCUUCAAGCUAGAAUUUAAUUUUGUGGGCAACGAUUCAUUAUUAAUAUGUUGAAAGUUCUGGUGUAACUUGUGUAAAUGACAGUGUAAUUCUAUAAUUGUGUUGCAUAUUUUGGAAUCUAUUCGUAUUUUUCUGGAUAUUGGUAUGGCAGCUUAAUUUCAGUUGUAUAUAGAUUAGUGUAAAGUAAGUAAAAUAAAAUGCAUUAACUAACCAUUUUUUGUGAAGAUGCAAAAUCUACGUACACUAA